AUGUAUUCACUUACUGAAGGAGCAUUGGAUAAAAUCAUGAAUGGUGUGGACGUCGAUAAACCGGUACUGCAAAUAUUGGGUCAUAAAAAAUUGGCUAGUUCAAGUAGUGGAGAACGUUAUAGACUGCUAGUGUCUGAUGGGAAAAGAGUAAACUCAUUCACAAUGUUAGCUACACAGUUAAAUUCAAUGAUAACAGAAAAUGUGUUAACUGAAUUUUCUAUUUGUCAAAUAAAUAGAUAUGCUAUAAGUAUGGUAAAUAAUGCUGGAAAACAAAAACGAGUCAUGGUGAUAUUAAAUAUUGAUUUGAAAGUUCCUGGUGAUGAAGUUGGACAUAAAAUUGGAAAUCCAACAAAUGCUGAAGCUGAUUGUGACUCUAAACUUGCACAACCUCCUCCUCAACAGCAACAACAGCAAAAUACCUUUAUGCUUCAGAAAAAUGUACCACAACCUUCUACUGAUAAUAUAUCAACAACUCCAAUUGUAGCAUUGAGUCCUUAUCAAAAUAGGUGGGUAAUAAAAGCAAGAGUUGUCAGUAAAUCUAACAUUAGAACAUGGAGCAAUUCACGUGGUGAAGGAAAAUUGUUCUCUAUGGAUCUUGUAGAUGAAAGUGGAGAAAUCAGGUGUACAGCAUUCAAAGAUCAGUGUGAUAAAUUCUAUGAUAUGCUUGAGGUUGGAAAAGUUUAUUAUAUUUCCAGAGCUAGCUUAAAAACAGCAAAUAAACAAUUUAAUAACUUGAAAAAUGAUUAUGAAAUGACUCUGAUUGGUGACUCUGAAAUCAUUCCAUGUCAUGACUCGGGAAAUGACAUUCCAAGCCUGCAGUUCAACUUUGUACCAAUCAAUGAUAUUGAAAAAAAGGAAAAAAAUGAUUUAAUGGAUAUCUUGGGUAUUGUGAAAUCUUACGGUGAUUUACAAAUGUUAACGUCACGAACCACGGGUAGAGAACUUAAAAAAAGGGAUAUUAAUAUUGUGGAUGAAAGUAAUACUAUGGUAUGUCUCACAUUAUGGGGAUCACAAGCUGAAGAAUUUGAUGGAAAUAAUAAUCCAGUUUUAGCUAUCAAAGGAGCACGCAUUGGUGAAUUUAAUGGAGGAAAGAACCUAUCUACUAUUAGCGCAACAGUCCUUCAAAUCGAUCCAGAUAUUCCAGCAGCACAUAGAUUACGUGGUUGGUUUAAUACAAUUGGUCGUAACGAAGAAGCAAAAUCACUCUCAAAAGCACUUGGAGGUGGAGGUGGAAGUGGACCAUGGAUUACAUUUGGGGAAGCGAGAGAAAUGGAAUUGGGUUUCAAAGGAAUUGACAUAUAUACAGUAAAGGCAACUGUUAAUAUGAUUCGUAUCGAAAAUGCUCUGUACAAAGCUUGCCCUACUGAAACUUGUAAAAAGAAGUUGAUUGAUCAAGCAAAUGAUAUGUACAGAUGCGAAAAGUGUGAUAAAGAAUUCCCUAACUAUAAAUAUCGUUUACUUGCGAGUUUAAGCUUAGCGGAUUGGACAGAUAACCAAUGGGCUACAGCAUUCAGUGAAGAAGCAGAAAAAAUAUUGGGUAUUUCAAGCCAAGAACUUGGAGAAUUACAAGAAAAUGAUAAUGAUGCCUACCUCGAAAAAUUUGGUGACGCAACAUUUAAAAGCUUUCUAUUUAAACUACGAGUUAAAUUGGAAGUGUUUAAUGAUGAGAACAGAUUAAAAGCAACAUGUGUCAGUGUAUCCCCUAUAGAUUAUAAAAUAUACAAUAACCAUUUAAUAACUCAAAUCAAGGAAUUAGCUGGAAUUGUUAAAGCUUGA